UUCGAUUGACAAAAAUUUCUUUGUUCUAUUUAGUUAAACAUUACUCUAUUUCAAAGAAAAAAUAAAUUUUAACACGCAACUUAGCGCAUCUAUAAUAAAGAAUAGACUUCAAGUAAUUUCAUUCCUAUUUCUAAAAUGAUCCAACUAAACUUAAUAAAAAACUCUUGUAAAUCUGUGUAAAAAGAACAAACUUGCAUAUACAUAUAUAUACAUAAACAUAAUUCGAGAAAAAUGCUCAUGUUUAAAGUUGUGCAUAUUAUUAUUUUAAUCUUUGUGUGUAUCGUAAAUGGUAAUGAACUUGAAGUUUGUGAAGUAUUCGAUAAAUAUGCCGAAAAUUCGAAAAAGUGUUCUAUUCGAAACAACUUUACGCAAAAACGUUAUAUUCUUUAUGACAUAAAUCCUCCAGAAGGUUUCAAUCUGAGAAGAGAUGUAUAUGUUCGUCUUGCUGUUUUCAUAAAAAAAUUAAUUGAAAGAGACAAGGAAUAUGAGUGGCAAUUAGUUUUACCACCAUGGGGUAAUCUAUAUCAUUGGCGACAUCACAAUACAGGACUUCAAGAGUAUUUAUUCUGGGGUAAUUUCUUUGAUAUAACAAGCCUGCAAAAAUAUAUACCAGUCAUUGAAAUGUAUAAAUUUAUGGAAGAAUAUUCAUCUGAAACCAAAGAAAUACAACUCGAUUGUGUGUAUAUUUUGCAAAAUGACAAGGAAAUGUUUAAGACUGGUAAAUUCGAAGAUAAGAAUGAAGUAAUGAACUGUACUAAUGAUUCUUUGCAGUUCUUUAAAUCAAAGCAACAUAUAUAUACUAGUCCAUUUUGGGGUUAUCGUAAUAUUACAACUUGGAAUGUAAAAUGUCUUAAGUUUCAUGGUACGGCAUCUUAUCUUUAUCAGAAUCUCAAACCAAUACAAUACAGAUCUGUAAUGUUUGAUCACAUGGAGAUUGCCCUGCAUGAUGAAUACGGCUCUAAAGAAUAUUGGAAAGCCAGACGCAGCAUGCGAUAUAAUUCUGAACUGUACAAUAUUGCGAAAAAUUAUAGAAAAACUUUUCUGAAUUCUACAGAUAAGAAUGAUAAUACAGUUCGACCUCUAGAUUGGACUAAGGAAGAAAAUCGGCGGAAUGCGAGAGGCGGUCCUUAUUUGGCAAUUCAUUUUAGGAGACGCGAUUUCAUCAUAGGUCAUAAAGAAUCAAUACCAACAAUAAAAAACGCUGCUUCUCAAUUACGAGAAAAAAUGGAUAAACUUGGAUUAACUGUGUUGUUUGUUGCGACAGAUGGGGAGCAACAUGAAUUUGAAGAACUUAAGUCGUACUUGCCUCAAUACAAGGUCUUGAAGUUUAUACCGUCUGAUUAUGUGAUGAAUAAAUUUAAAGAUGGUGGAGUUGCCAUUAUUGAUCAGAUAAUUUGUUCAUAUGCUAGAUAUUUCAUAGGGACACAUGAGUCAACAUUUACUUAUAGAAUACAAGAAGAUAGAGAGAUUAUUGGUUUUUUACCAGAAACUACAUUCAAUACUUUAUGUAAGACUAAUAAGAAAUGUCCAACAACUGGGCAAUGGCAGAUUGUUUGGUAAAAUGUUAUAUGCGUUUAAGAGAGACAAUGAGAAGAAUGAGAAAGAAGCAGCCAGAGAUGUGGACCAGCAAUCGAUGCUGCACGACGACAAUGCAUCCACACACGCGUUGUUCUUUAUCAUCGAGUUUUUGACAAGACACUUGAUGACUGUUGAUCAGUCCUCUAUUCUCCUUCUUCAUUACUUCUUUCAGACUCUGUAAGAAAAUAAAAAAAAAAAGAAAAAAAUUGCCACAUCUAGAAAAUCGCCAUGAAAGACGAACACAACUUUAUUAAAAUCAUCAUAAAACGUGAGAAAGUGAGAAAAAUUUCCUUAAAAAUCCAUUAUAUAGUGCCACAAGGCAGAUGGCUCUAAUGUCAUUGCAUUCGAGCGAUUUUUUUUAAGCUCCGUUUCUUUAUGAACAACUCUUGUAUAUGAUAUAUAAAAUUUGAUAUUUUAAUAUUGGCCAUUCUACAAGUUGCAAUCAAUGAUUAAAUUUAAACCGCGUUUUUUAGAAACGGACAUUAAUUAGCAAAUAAGAAUAAAAAAGGAAAUUAAACUUUAUUCUAUAAACAGUAAAGAAUAUUAUUAGCUCCCUUGCAUCUUUUCUUCUCAAUAUUCUUUAUUCUUUUUUCUUGUGUGUAUGUCACCAUAUUUGGCGACCU